GCAAGAGAUGUAAGCCAAGCAUAGUGCUGCUACUGUAAGUGAUAAAAAUUUGGAACAGCGGAGCGACACCGGGAAAAAAAAGAGAAACAUGGUGGAGGAGCUUCAUCACAGGUGUCAUCAUCAUCCAUUGCUAUUCAACGAUGACACCGGCGGUUCAAGCGACGCCACUCACGACUGCGCUGGCUGUGCGGAAAAGGUGACGGGUCCGAGCUACGGCUGCGAGAAGUGCCGGUUUUACCUCCAUAAAACAUGUGCAGAGUCGCCCUCGGAGAUCCACCACCCUGCUCACCGCCACCGUCUUCUUCUUCCAACAUACCACCAUCCGAAAAGAGGAGUUUCUUGCGACGUUUGCCGUAAAAAGGUCAAGGGGUUUAACUAUUAUUGUUCUUCUUGUGGAUUUUACCUUGACUUUAACUGCGCUUUGCUUCCACGUGACACUGUUGGAAACUUGGUCGAGACAAUCCAUGUUGCCCACCCUCAUCCUUUGAUCUCCAUUAACCCGAUUCGAUCUUUUAACUGCCAGGGUUGUAGAGAUCCAAUAGAAGUAGAUGAUGCCUCGUAUGCUUGUUUCGAUUGUAGAAAGUUCUUCCAUGAAAAAUGUCUAGUACCACCCACUGAAAUCAAUCACCCUUGCCACCGUAAACACAAGCUCUUGCCGGUUUUCAAUGAUUUUGCUGAAGAAUUCUCUAAAUGCAGCAUAUGCGAAGGCUAUAUUGGGUUGGGAAUUUUCUAUCGUUGUGCCCCUUGCAAGUUCUACAUGCACUAUACAUGUGCUUGGCCACCACCAAUUAUCGAAGAUAAAGCUCAUCAUGAUCACCCUUUCACUUUGUUGUUAAAACCAAAUGAUACAUUCGACUGUAAUGCAUGUGGCAAUCAGGGAAAUUAUGUUUCAUAUAUUUGUUCUACAUGCAACAUUAUAGUUCACAAGGACUGCAUUUCGUUGCCACGGCACAUUCGACUCAAUCUUCAUCCCCAUCCCAUUUCCCAUUGCUUUUUCCUUUGUGUCGACCGCAAUGAUUCCAGAACUUGGGAUUGCAGGAUCUGUUACAAAAAGGUAAACAUCGAGCAUGGGAGUUACUAUUGCUCUCGGCCAGGUUGUGAUUUUGUUAUCCAUGUCGAGUGCUCCAUUAAGACCAGGGGAUUAUAUGGUGUGGUUGAGGUUGAAAAUCCAGACGAAUUCAAGGAAUCCGAUUCGUUGUCUGAAGAAUCUACGAGUUCCAUCAUUCGUGUUAUCAAGGAAAUUAAAGUCGGAGACGAUGUAAUAGCUGCAGAGAUAGAACACGUUAGUCAUGAGCACAACUUGAUAUUCUCAGAUGAGAUUAAGGAUAAGAAAUACUGCAAUGGUUGCGUGCUACCUAUCCUAUCAUCAUUCUACUAUUGUUCACAUUGUGAUUUCUUUCUGCACAAGGAAUGUGCCGAAUUGCGGAGGAUGUGCCGGCUAUGGUUUAACGCAAAGCCGUUCAAUCUUUUCAUAGAUGGUAUUUUCAGAUGUUUUCAUUGUCAGUACAUGGGCAGUGGUUUCUCCUACAGAGUGAAUGCUUUUUGGUGCUUCUGCCUUAGAUGUGCUGUAGUACCUCACAGUUUUACAUAUCAAGCAGACGAGCCACAUUUCCUCUUCUUUGAUCACAAGUACGAAAUGAAGUGCAAUGCUUGUAGUGAAUAUGUAAUGUCUACUUUCAAAUACAGGUGCAAGGAUUGCACCUUCGCUUUGGAUUCGAGAUGCGUUACGAUUCCACGCGUUGCUUGGCAUAAGAGUGAUCGACAUUCUUUGACACUUGCUUAUCAAGAUCCCGACGACUAUCCGCUACGACGAUACUGUGACAUCUGUGAAGAAGAAAGAGAUCCACAAAAAUGGUUUUAUCAUUGUGAAAUUUGUGACAAUGCCAUGCAUAUCGAGUGUGUUUUCGGAAAGUACCCGUUUAUCAAUGGCGGAAGCAAAUAUGCAUAUAAAGGUCAUCCACAUCCUCUCGCUUUCGUCAGGAAGAUCUACUACUAUCCCGAAUGCGUUCGAUGCCGUGAGCCGUGCCAAGAUCUAGCCCUCGAGUGCGUAGAGCAAGGGUGCAAAUAUAUUGCUCAUUGGAGUUGCAUAAAACCUUCUUGACUCUUGUUAAAGUAAAAUUGAUAGUGGCCGUUACAUUGAUUGCGGUAGUGAAUGACGUAUGAAGGUGCUUUCGUCUGAAUUAAAAAUGCUUGUGAUGUAUUAAAUGUGCGGAGGAGCCCUCGGAGAUUCAUCACCCUGCUCGCUGCGACCAUCCUCUUCUUCUUCUUCUUCUUCCAGCUUUGGAACUUCAGAAAAGAGGAGCUCGUUGCAGCUUUUGCUGGUCAAAGGUUAAGGGGUUUCUCUUAUAAACUGUAUAAUCGUAUAAAAUACGGUAUUUUUCGAUGUUGUCGAUGUCGUUGUGUGUGUAGAGGUUUCUCUUAUAAAUUGUAUAAUCGUAUAAAACUAUGUCUCGGAUGUGUUUCAAUACCUCACAGUUUUGUAUAUCAUACGGAUGUGCCACAUUUCCUCCUCUUUGUGGAAAAAUAUGAGGGAACUUGCAAUGCUUGUGGUAAAGAUUUGAGUUUUGACAGAGCAUACAGAUGUAAAGAUUGCACUUUUGCUUUGGAUUGGAGAUUUAUGACAUUACCACGUACUGCUUGGCAUAAGAGUGAUCAACAUAUUUUGACACUUGCUUAUCAAGAUCCCGACGAUUAUCCGUUACGACAUCAGCAGUCCAAGCGACACUACUUAUGACU